ACAGGGCGCGGGGCCGCAGCCAUGUUCGGGGCUCUGGGGCGCUGCUUCGAGGAGGACCCGUUCUUCCGGUCAGUGGGGGGCCGCUGGGGGGCUCGGCCUCGGGGGAGGAUGCCGGGGGAGUGGGGCGAGGCUCGCUCCGCCUGGUGGGUCUUUGAGGGUCGCUCUGUGAGAGACGGACGGGCGCGCGGAGCGCGGUUGGCGGCGGUGGGGUUGAAGGCCGAACCGGGCUGCGCGGGCACAGCUCCCGCUUGAGCGGUGCUGUUAACUUUUAGUGUCUCCCAACGCCGUGAGGAACUUCAUGGAAAUGAGACAGUGACAUCUGCUGAGGAGAAGCCGUGUGCUCCUGGGCUCUGAAUAUCGUGGGGGCUGUUUUUUUUUUUAAUUAUAUUUUUGAAUGUAAGCUUGUUCAACGCGGGCAGCCGUGCUGGGUGUUCUCGGUUUCCUGGGCUUUUUACGAUAUCUAUAUUUAACCGCGGGAUGUUCCUGAGCUCCUGGUGGCAGUGCAUGUAUUAAAGGCAAACCCAGGUGUUCUUGUGAUAAAAAACCCGAGUGAGGUGUGUUAGUGCCAGAAACUUGCCUGGUCUGCAGGUGGGGGGAGUGAAAAUGGGAUGUGAGAACUCAGAGGAGCCCGAAUUUAUAUAUAUAUAAAGCCAUUUUAGUGUACGAUGUCUGCUAUGUGUAGCUUAAUCACAAGCAAAGCUCAGGGUGAUACGGGUGGGUGAACGAGGGAGGGUAACACACCGGGCACUGUGAUGUGGGUUUGUUGACUGCAUCCCAUAGUUACGAGGUGUCUGAGCUGAGGCUGUGCCCCUUAAAGGGAACCGGCUCCUUUGCUGCAGCAACACCUUCCUGGCACUGGCGAUCCUUUUGCUGCACACCAUGAAUACAUGCGGCAGAUGAUGAGAAGCUUUUCUGAUCCUUUUGGCCGGGAUCCAUUUCUCAGUAUAACAGAUGGCAGGGAGAGAACAGUGGAUCGAAGAGCACGCCAGGAUUCUCAGGUUGCUCUGAGAGGAAAUCGCAGAGCAACAAGCUAUUCGCUCAUGCCCUUUUCAGGCUUUGGUAGAUUGCAAGAUGCAGAUUUUGGGGAUCCUUUUUUUGCAAUGGACAGAAUGAUGUCAAAUAUGAGAAACAGCAUGCUGGAGAUGCAAAGAAAAUUUGAUGACCUGUCUGUCCAUCCAGAUGCGCACACCUUCAGCUCCUCCUCUGUGAUGACAUAUUCCAAAGUAGGUGAUGAACCUCCCAAAGUUUUCCAAGCUUCAGCUCAGACACGCACAGCUCCAGGAGGUGUUAAGGAAACAAGAAAAGCACUUAAGGAUUCUGAAAGUGGAGUGGAAAAAAUGGCUAUUGGUCAUCACAUUCGUGAUCGUGCUCAUGUCGUAAAAAAAUCAAAGAACAGGAAGACUGGUGAUGAAGAAAUGAACCAAGAGUUCAUCAACUUGGAUGAAAAUGAGGCACAGUCUUUUGAUGAGGAGUGGCAGAAAGAGAUUUCCAAGUUCAGGCCAUCAAGAAGCAGGUGCAGUCUAGAUUCUCCAAAAUACAGCAGCAUUCAGCACGUACAUAAGGAAGAUGGAGUAGGAAGAGAGAAACCACUUGCAUCUGUGGGUUUCAAGGGACCCAGAGUGUCCAUGGAGAAUGACCUCAGUGUGAAAGGAACACAUGUCCCCAUCAAAAGCAGCAAAAAAUAGUCCAUUUGGAUGGAGUUGGUUCAGAAGAAAUGGUGCUGCACUGCUUAUGUUAAUAUAAGUAUACACGUACAUAUGACCAAUCUGUCUUUUGUUCUAGUGUUAGUGUGCCUUGCUACUCUAAUCUCUUGACUACUGAAUGUUGUAUAAGCCAUUGGAUCCUAGGCUAAGCUAUUUUAAAAAAAGACAAGAAAAAAGCAAGAAAAGCAACAAAAAACCCUGUCCACUUAAAAGCACUUUAAUGGUUUAUCACCAAUUCUGAUUAAAAACACAUGCUUUGGGUAGCAGUCUUUUUUCCACCACAAUUGCACCAUUCUCAGACUCUUUAUUAACCCCAAUGAAGGUACCUUUUCCCCUCACACUGUGUAAUUUGCACGGAAAGUAAAUUCUCUUCCAAUUUUGUGUGGCCACAGUUAUUAAUAAUUUGUUUUGGUGAUGAAGCAGUCAAUAGGAAUUACAGUACACUGUAGGCACUGCAUGUAUACGUUUAAAAUCGUACUGUAAAUUGGUAUAGAAUUCCCAGAUUCAUCUUGAUUUUUAAAAUGAAGAAGAGUGAGAGGAAUACUGAAAUAGCAAAUACUUCUUUAAAUUUUAGUUUAUUGACAUUCUUAUAUUUAUAAAUUGUGCUUGCAUCCCGUGUUCUCUGUCACUAGGCUGUUAUUCUCCUAUUUCUGAUCCUUUGCUUCUUUUGGAGAUGGCACAUUAUUUUUCAUUCCUGAAGAUUCUCUGUAGUAUUUUUCAAUUAUCCUAUGAUAAUACUCAGAUGUAACUAUCACUUCAUUGGAAAAAUGUGGGAGAAAUGGUUCAGCAGACAGCAGUUUAACUGGAUAAUGCCUGCACCAUUUCUUCUGUUCCAGAAAGCUAUAAUAUCCCUCUGUACAGGAAACCAUUUUCUGCCUCAUGUGAGGUGAGCUCUGUUGUUUUCUGCCCUGAUCAGUAGAAGGAUCCUGAAAUCUAACACUUGCUUUCCCUUAGUACUUCUGUCAUUAUUGUUUGGUGGAAGAGUCUGGUGUUCUCAGUCACAGUUUGCUUUCCUCACGAACUGGAAAUGUCUUUGUAUUACAAGUGUUAAGGUUGUGUGCUGUCUGAUUCAGAAUUGAUCUCAUGUUGUAGAGGAAAUAAUUUCUGUAGACUGUAGCAUAUAUGCCAUAGUGUAAAUGCUAUAAACUGAAGGCGAAGACAGCAUAGCCUUCAAAAAAGACACUAUUUGUAUGAUAAAAGAAAAAUAAGUUCAAUAUUCAUACAACUAAAAGGGAAAUAAGCUGUAAGUUUAAGAGGAAUCUACAGAAAGGUAUACUUUAUUAACACGCAAAAAAGAACAAAGCUGAAGGGCAGUUGUCACUGGCACUGCAGAGAUUUCCCAGUGAGAAACAACAGAAAAUGUUACCAUGCUGUCACUUAAGUAGAAAUGUUUGAUUUGAGGGGUGCUCCUAAUUCACAGAGCAUUUGUCUGUCCAUCGUCUGACCACUUACAUUCUUGCCUGUGCUGCUGGGAUGGGUGAACAUACACUGACAAAACAGCACUGGUUGUAAAAUUACAGUGGAAAGAGGCAAAUGUGAUGGAUCACUUUGUUAUGCACAGCAACGUGAAAAUGUUAUGCAAGAAAUUGUUCUACAUAGGAACACCUGAAACUUUAAUUCUUUAAUAAAGAGCUAUUUAUUAGUAA